ACUGAAAUUAGGUUUCCACGCUCUCCAACCCGCACCAAAGAUGCAAAUCUUCGUCAAGACCCUUACGGGGAAGACCAUCACCCUCGAGGUGGAGUCUUCCGACACCAUCGACAACGUCAAGGCUAAAAUCCAGGACAAGGAAGGGUUUCCUCCCGAUCAACAACGACUCAUCUUUGCUGGAAAACAGCUUGAGGAUGGCCGCACUCUUAGCGACUACAACAUCCAGAAGGAGUCUACUCUUCACUUGGUCCUCCGUCUCCGUGGAGGUAUCAUUGAGCCUUCGCUGAA